AUGCAGCGAUGACCUGAGACAAUCGAGUCAUUCGACAGCGAGCCAUCGAGCUGAACAGAUACAGAUACAGAUACAGUUACAGAUACAAUGAAAUUACAAGUGGCGUUGUUAUUCGUCCUGGUGGGCAUUGUGUGUGCACGUCCGGAGCCACCAAGGACACGCUAUGGCGCACCACCGCCGUCGGCACCACAAAAGGAUUACGGACCACCGCCGCAACAGCCAUUACCAUCUUAUGGCGCACCAGCUGCAUUUUAUGGUCCACCCAAGACCGAGUCGAUUGUCACCAAGAACGUUUAUGUGCAUGUGCCGCCCGAGGAGCCGGAAUACUAUCCGGCCUCAUCGCCCAUACAGACAACGGUGCCCAAGAAGCACUAUAAGAUCAUAUUCAUCAAGGCACCAAAUCCACCGACACCAGUGCGUCAGGUGUUGCCACCACCGGUGCAGGAUGAGCACAAGACCUUGGUCUAUGUGCUCGUAAAGAAGCCCGAGGAGCAGUUGCCCGUCAUUCUGCCGUCGCCAGAGCCGACGGAGCCCAGCAAGCCGGAGGUCUAUUUCAUUAAGUACAAACAGCAACAGAAGCCAGCACCACAAUACGGGCCACCUGCCUCAGCGCCCGCCGAUGAAUAUGGUGCACCGCCAGCACCACGCACCCUCGACGAGCAGUUCUAGUGAUAAAAAAAAAAAAAACUCAAAACAAGACAUGUGUAAAUAUUAUUUAUGUUGUAGUUGAGUUUCUUGUUAUUAAACAAAUCCAUCUUAAAGAUACGCUGGGCAUAAUUUUUUACUUUAUUGAGCGAAUAACAUAAAUUUAAAUUGA